CAGCGAUGUCGUUUUUAUCUAAUUUGUUUUUCUGUUUACUCGUUUACUGUACUUUGUGAAUAAAUUUCGAAAAAUUUGUAUCAUUUUCAGAGGAAACUGAUUUAAAAUUUUGAUCAAAAUGCCAGCAGAUCAAAUUCAAUACUCGGAAAAAUAUUUCGAUGAUAUUUAUGAAUACAGACAUGUAAUACUACCACAGGAUUUAACACGCAUGGUACCAAAGGCCCAUUUGAUGACCGAAACUGAAUGGAGGAAUCUUGGUGUACAACAGAGCCCCGGUUGGGUUCAUUAUAUGAUGCAUGCCCCCGAGCCUCACGUUAUUCUCUUUCGACGACCAAGAACCGAUCUUCCAACACCAGCACCGUCCACUGUCAAUGCCAACAGGACAAAUGAACAACAAACACAAACGAAUCUUAUCCUGGGAGCUUAAUACAAAAAAGUUUGAUAUUCCCAAAACCUAAAAUUUGUUUUCGUUUAACUUGAAGUAAUAUUUUUGUAGCACAUAAACAUGUCGAAUAUAUGAACAAAAACACACGAUUUUGAUAUGUUUUUGUUUACAGUUAUUCGAUUAUUUAUGUGCCUCAAUCAACUGUGUACUAUAUGAGCUUUUAACUUUGUAACAAAGUUUCUGUAUAAAAUAUUUUAUUCAAACCUUAA